UUCUUCUUCUUCUUACGCUCUCUCUUUCUCUGUUCUGGCGAUUUUUUUAGUCUUUUCAAGGGAAAGCUUAUCUUUUUUUGGAGAAAUUGAUCCUCGGUCUCGAAUGGGUUGGAGCGUAAUCCAGAAAUGACGUCACUCCCAGGUGGAUUUUCCGGCGAAAUUGCCGCGAGUUUGUUACUGUUAUUGUUGCUGUUCUGCUUCUCCCGGGGCACUGAAUUUGACUUCGGGACGUUGAAUCUGAGCAGUUUGAAGCUCCUCGGCGAUGCCCACUUGAGUAAUAACACAGUGCGGCUCACACGUGACCUCGGCGUGCCAUACUCCGGCGCCGGGAAGGUGUUGUACGCGGAACCGGUGAGGUUCCGGCAGCCUAAGGGGAACGUUCCGCCGGUUCCGGCUAGCUUUUCUACAUUUUUCUCGUUUUCCGUUACGAAUUUGAAUCCGUCGUCGGCCGGCGGCGGUCUGGCGUUUGUGAUCACCCCGGAGGACAAGUCCGUCGGCGAUUCCGGUGGGUACAUGGGGAUCAUGGAUGCGAAGGGGACGCAAAACGGCGUCGUGGCGGUGGAAUUCGAUACUCUGAUGAACGUGGAGUUCAAAGACGUUAACGGGAACCACGUCGGGGUGGAUUUGGGGUCGCUGGUGUCCGAUCAAGCCGUCGAUCUGGGCUCCGCCGGCGUCGAUCUGAAAAGCGGCGACCUGGUCAACUCGUGGAUCGAUUACGCCGGCCCGAGUCAGCAACUCAGCGUCUACGUCUCCUACUCCAAUCUCAAACCCAAAGCUCCACUUUUAACCGUCCCACUCAACUUAAACGAGCACGUGAGCGAGUUCAUGUUCGUCGGAUUCUCCGGGUCGACUCAGGGGAGCACGGAGGUCCACGCCGUUGAGUGGUGGAGCUUCACCUCAUCGUCGUUUGACGACGGGAACACCGCUAAAUCCCCGCCGCCAACCACCGCUCCUCCGCCGCCGCCGGAGAAGAAGACUGGGAAAUGCCGUAGUCUGUGCAAGGAAGGCCCCGGCGCAGUCGUCGGAGUGGUCACCGCCGGCGCGUUCUUUUUAUGCCUCGCCGGAGUCCUAUUCGUGUGGCUAUACUGCAAAAAGGUCAAGAGAGUGAAAAAAACAGAGACUUUGGGGGCAGAAAUCAUCAAAAUGCCGAAAGAAUUUAGUUACAGGGAGCUGAAAUCGGCAACCAAAGCGUUCGAUCCCGGCCGGAUCAUCGGCCACGGCGCCGUCGGGACUGUUUACAAAGGAGUCUUGACGGGGACCGGCGACGCCGUGGCAAUCAAGAAGUGCAGUGACGGCGGGGAAGGGAAAGCAGAGUUUCUGUCGGAAUUAUCCAUCAUCGGAACCCUCAGGCACAGAAAUCUAGUCAGGCUGCAAGGAUGGUGCCAUGAAAAAGGUGAAAUCUUGUUAGUCUAUGAUCUAAUGCCAAAUGGGAGUCUAUACAAGGCACUAUUUGAGUCAAGAAUGGUUCUCUCAUGGCCACACAGGCUAAAGAUUUUGUUAGGGGUGGCAUCUGCCAUGUCAUAUUUACACCAAGAAUGCGAAAACCAAGUGAUCCAUAGAGACAUCAAGACCGGCAACAUCAUGUUAGACGAAGGGUUCAACGCAAGGCUCGGAGAUUUCGGGUUAGCCAGGCAAAUUGAGCAUGACAAGUCCCCAGAUGCCACUCUGGCAGCCGGGACAAUGGGAUACUUAGCCCCAGAGUACGUUAUAACCGGACAAGCUACUCAGAAGAGCGAUGUGUACAGUUUCGGAGCAGUAUCUCUUGAGGUGGCUAGUGGGAGGAAGCCAAUUGGGGCUAAUGGCAACUUGGUGGAAUGGGUGUGGGGUCUUCAUAGUGAAGGGAGAUUGUUGGGAGCAGCUGAUUCAAGGUUGAAUGGUGAGUAUGAUGAAGGUGAAAUGACAAGAGUUUUGAUGGUUGGGUUAGCUUGUUCUCACCCUGACCCCAUGGCUAGACCCACAAUGAGGGGGGUGGUUCAGAUGUUGGUUGGGGAGACUGAAGUUUCACUUCUCCCUAGAGCCAAACUUGCAAUGGCAUUGGAAAAUGAUAGUAUGUCUGACUUGAAUGGCACGAUCACCAUCUCCGCUUCAUCUUCAGAAAAUGCAAUGGACCUGGUCUAAUGGGAUCAAAUAUGUUUGUUUAUAUAUAUUCUUCUGUUUUAUGAUUAUGAUUGUAUACAACACAUAAUGAACUAUUAUCAAUGUGGAUUCCAAAAUUUUGAUCUUUAAACUCACUCUUUCAUGUCGUAUAAUUAUAAUUAUGGCGGCGCUGCAAAUGAGUGACACUAGACCAUAAGGCCUUUGACAUUUAUA